AUGGCCUUGGUUUGUUCCCAGAUAGGAUAUGCUGAUCUUCUCUGGUUCUUACGUAGCAUUGCCACAAGCUGUGCUGCCCCCUUGGUCUUUGAGCCAGUGAACGGACUUCAGGAUGGGGCUUUUGCUGCUAAUUGCCCUGCUUGGGUGGCAAUGAUGGAGCUGAAUGAGCUUUCUAUGCUAGGCAGCCGUCUACUUGAUUAUUCGGUAAGCUUUGGGACUGGUCGGUUUCUGUGCCCGGACAAAAGCCGUUCGCGGAGAUGGAUAAAGCAUCUCGUUCCAGAAUGGGUUUCGAGAUUAGGCUGUGGUUUGGGCAGUGUAGUGGACGCCGAUUCUAUGUAUGGAAAAUUUUCCAGUGCCCUCAAUCGAGCCGAAAGGGAUGGUAAACAUUAUCGCGUGGAGCCGUCGUUGAGAAAACCGCCAAUUGCACUGGAUGACGCAGCCUUCCUUGCAGAUCUCAUCACGGAGACAGAACAAUACAUGGAGUCCCCUCAAGUCCAGCAAAGCAUUUCUCACUUACAGCUUGCAAUGCUUGCGUCUUGUUUCUAUGCUGCUUUGCUGUCACCGCCAACCUUUAACUCCAAUGUAGGACAAUACUGCGUCCAACUAGCAGUUCUGUCCCGAUGGCCCGAAGAUGGGGACAUAUAUACGCCUAUUGACAUAGGUCUCACUGUUGACGGAAUAACAUCGCACCCUAUCAGCGGGGCCCCGUUGUCUCUGAUGCAAUUGAUGUACCUGCAACAUCCGCCAUUCUGGUCUCACUCUACUGCUCGUAAGCGGGACGGCUCUCAUUUGGCCGAUAGUUGCAAUAAACGUCGCCGUACUACCUAA